GGGAAGAGAGAGUAUACAAAAAGAACCACACCCUAAAUAAAUACAGGUUAAUGCCUUUGUGUGGCAAGCGUUGAGAAAAAGUCACCCCCCAAUUUCUUUUAGCCUAGUCAACUUCAGGACCAGCGUUCCGCAAGAGGAGAUGGCGGCGGCGGCGGCAGCGGCGGCGGCAGCGGCAGCGGCAACACCAGUUGCAGAAGAGGGACAAGUUAUCAGCUGCCACAACAAGGAUCACAUGAUCGAAAACAUCAAGAAGGGCACAGAGAGCAACAAACUGGUAUAUUCUCUUCAUCGAAUUAGGUUUUGAAAUUGUAAUUUUGUUCUUAGAUUUUGAGUCAACUUGUUUCACUAGAAGAGAAUUAACAGGUAUGCCAUAUGCUAGGCUGGGUAGCGUGCUUUUGCUUCACUUUGUGACGAAUCAAUUCAAUGCCAUUUGUGCAAUUUCUAGGCUGUAUCUGUAAUCAUCGGCUUGAUCUCAGUCCUAAUUGCAGAAAAGUGCAAACCUUUUGGAAAAUAUUGCAAAAGGUCGCGAGUCUUUCCUUCGAAGCAUCUAUAAAAGAAGCGAGAAGUUAGGUCUAAUAGAAUAAAUGAACAUUUAUAACUAAAUCGUUAACUCCAUGCCAUUGUGCUCCAAUUCCUUAUAACUACUCCGUAAAAUUUUUGGACUUAACUAUAUAGCAACAAUGCAUAGUGAGGAGCUUUGUGAUACUCAAUAGAAACGGGUUGGGAUACAGAUACCAAAACCUUGUGAUAUGUAUAUGUAAAGAAAGGUUCAUCUAAUUUACCUGGACAAGUUGAUACUUGCAUUUCUGUAUUUAUACAAGUAAACUUUGUUAUCUGAAAUGCUGAGUUACUGUCCUAGAGAUUGUGAUACCUCAUAAGCAAUUUUGGGAUAUCUUGAGCAUUAAGUCUUUCGUGGAGUCAUGGGUGUAGCUCACAUUCGAACAAGAAUUCGGGCUGCAGUUUUGUUUUCUUUUUUAAUGCCAGUGGUAAAAAUGUGGGGGAUGAACAGCACCAAGUAUUUCUCUGUAAUUUUUCUGGUGGUGAUAGAUUUUACGGCAUCUUGGUGCCCGCCUUGUCGCUUCAUUGCACCAAUACUAGCCGAACAUGCAAAGCAGAUGCUUCAUGUGAUAUUCCUCAAGGUGGAUGUGGAUGAGCUUAAGGAAGCUGCUGAACUAUACUCUGUUGAGGCCAUGCCAACUCUUGUUUUCCUAGUAGGUGGAGUGGAGGUGCAUAGGAUUGUGGGUGCUAACAAAGAUGAGCUAAAAAAUGCAUUAGAUAAGCACGCUGUACAAGCUUCUCCUUGAGGGCCUAAUAUCAUAUAGCUUACUGUCCAAUUGAAGAACAAAUAUGAUCCCUUGACUUUCUGCUUCAUUCUAUCUUAAUGUUUUUAUGAAGUACUCCAUGAUAAUAAUGAUUACCACACCUGGUUUUCAUAGUUAAGUUUGAAUGCUUUCAUGUUAUGUGGCUUCCAAUAUUGCUGCAUCACUGUAUCAAGUCAUGCUAAGCUUCUGUUUUGAUGAUUUGGAUUUAAGAUGCAAUUGCUCUCAUUUUACUUAUUCUUUAUGGUUCUGUGGAUGUUUGCAUUAUUGUUGACUUGUUGUUUGGUUGUUCCCAUAAAUCUAUAAUGCUAUAUUAUAUGCUGU